GUUAGCCGUUAGCUCAGUGCGACAGUUAAGUUAGGUUACACAACAUACACGCAGUGAAGAAGGAACAUUGUCUUUUUAAGGAUUGCCAUAUGGAUUCUCCUCGGCAGGUGAAGAACCUGAACGGAGAGUCAAAGCGCAAUCAGAAUCCUCCUCAGAAAGAUGCCUAUGACAAGCUCCUCAACCAGCACAGCAGCAGCAAGUUUAGUCAGUAUUUAGAGCAAUAUGCCAAGGAUGCAACAUUUCAAAAGGAAGGAAAUGGGCCAAGCACCCUGCCCAAAGCCCAGAGUGACAUGCAGAACAUACCACAGAGACACCGGGAUCAACUGGCCAAUGAUUUAUCUGUUUCAAGUGACUUCUCCCUCUCUUCAAAGAAAGGUAAAGGAGAGGAGAGUACCCUGUCAUUGUACAUGGAGAAACUAAGCACCCGCAGUCCUCAGCAGGAGUUUGAAAGGAAGCAGGGUGUGUCUGACAGACAGCGAUGGGGACAGAGAAGAGACACAGCCACCAGCCACGAUGGCGACGUUGAGUCUGGUGAGGAACUUGGCUCUUUAAAUCCCAAUGAAUCCAAAAAACACCUGAAGCAGCAAAAGAAAGCCAAGGACUCUAACAAAGAUGUUGCCUCAAAGGAGACGGAUUCAUUUGUGGGAUGUCCCCAGUCCCCAAACACAGCCGGUACAAGUGGACAGGAACCAGAGAAGAUAAAGAAGGCUAAGAAAAAAAAACUUUCACGGCACCCGGAAGAGGUGAAAAGUGGGGAAGGCACAUUCCAAUCGGGGGUUGACACUCAGGUGUCAAGGCCCAGGUCCCCUUUUGGUAAAGAUAAAAAACUGCAGCAGCCCAGAGCUCCAAGUGCCAAUUCUCCUGCUGACAAGAGUAAGAACAAAGGACCCAGAGGAGCAAAGAAACGCAUUUUUGAAUCCUACAUGACGUUUGAGGAGGUUUCCCAUGGCCUUAAAAGAGGAGAACUUAUUCAGGGACAGUUAAGAAUCAACCCAAAGAAAUAUCAUGAAGCUUUCAUUCCAUCUCCUGAUGACGCACGAGAUAUAUUUCUGGAUGGAAUUGUAGCUCGCAACAGAGCAUUGAAUGGAGACAUAGUGGUGCUGAGACUCCUCCCUCGGGAGCAGUGGAAGGUCGUGAGGUCCGAUACUGAGGGUGAGGGUGCCAGUGAGUCGGAUACCCAGAAAGAAACUAUUGUGCAAACAGCGCAGAAGAAGACUGAUCGCAUGCCCAGGCCUGGUGGAGUUGUUGAAGGCCAGUCUAGCGACCAGGAAGAACUCCGCAAAUUGCAGAAUACCACCUUCACCGACACGGGGGAACAUCUGGAAGACCCCUCACUCCCCCGGCACAACGGGGAAAUACUCCAAAAGACUGCAAGAGUGGUGUUCAUCGUUGAAAAGAUACACUCGAGAGCUGUGACGGGCUGCCUGAAAUUCCUACCAGAUAAGCCUUUUGCCAUGUUCUCUCCUGUGGACCACCGGGUGCCACGGAUCAACGUUCUGCUUGCUGACUGUCCCCAAGACUUCAGUUCCCGCCCGGGCGACUACACCAAUAUCUUGUUUGUAUGUCGGAUCACCAACUGGGAAGCUGACAGCAACUUUGCAGAAGGUCAACUGUCUAAGACACUGGGUCAGGCUGGAGAAAUCGAGCCAGAGACGGAGGGCAUCCUGAUAGAGCACGGUGUGGAUAUUUCAGAGUUCUCAGAUGAGGUGUUGGACUUUCUACCCAAGAACCUGCCCUGGACCAUCCCUGCUGAUGAGAUUACAAAGAGGAAAGACCUGAGGAAGGAGUGUAUUUUCACCAUCGACCCUGCUACGGCCAGAGACCUGGACGAUGCUCUGUCCUGUAAACGACUCCCUGAUGGUAACUUUGAGGUGGGAGUUCACAUUGCUGAUGUGAGUUAUUUUGUGAAGGAGAACAAUGCUCUGGAUACCAUCGCCAGCCAAAGAGCAAAUAGUUUUUACAUGGUUCAAAAGGUGAUCCCCAUGUUGCCCAGGUUGCUGUGUGAGGAGCUGUGCAGUCUCAAUCCUCUCACUGACAGACUCACUUUCUCUGUCAUUUGGAAAAUCACACCGACGGGAGAGACCCUGAAUGUGUGGUUUGGCCGCUCGGUUAUCUGCUCCUGCGUGAAGCUGAGUUACGACCAUGCUCAGUCCAUGAUCGACACCCCUGAAAAGAUUUUCGCUGCAGAGGAACUGCCACCUACGGACCCGAAGCAUCCCAUUGAUGAGAUCCACCAGGCUGUGCUCAACCUGCACUCCAUUGCACAGAACCUCCGGGCUGGACGCUUCACAUCAGGAGCCCUCAGAAUGGACCAGUUGAAACUAUCCUUCACCCUGGACAAAGAGACCAUGAUGCCGCAAGGCUGCUACGUUUACAAGUACAGACAGAGUAACGAGUUGGUGGAGGAGUUCAUGUUACUGGCUAACAUGGCGACGGCAAAACAAAUCUACAAGAAUUUCCCCCAGCUGGCCCUGCUCCGACGCCACCCUCCACCGAAGGCCAAAAUGGUGGAUGAGCUGCAGGAACUUUGUGACCAGCUGGGACUCAGCAUAGAUUUCUCCUCUGCGGGGGCGUUGCAUAAGAGUCUCAACACGUUUGAUGAUGAUUAUGCUGAGUCCAGAAAAGAAGUCCUCACCCACAUGUGCUCCAGGCCGAUGCAGAUGGCGUUGUACUUCUGUACCGGUACACUUGUGGAUGAGCAGUUGUUUAAGCAUUACGCCCUAAACAUUCCUCUCUACACUCACUUUACGUCACCUAUCAGACGCUACGCUGACCUCGUUGUCCACCGGCUGCUGGCUUCUUCCCUGAAUUGUGGGCCGAGUUUGGGGUUGUCAUCAGAAGACGUCCAGAAACAGGCCAAACGCUGUAAUGACAGGAAGUCCAUGUCCAAGAGAGUCCAGGAGCUCAGCGCUGACCUCUUCUUUGGCGUGUUUGUAAAGGAGUGUGGCCCUCUGGAAUCUGAUGCCAUGGUGAUGGGGGUGCUGGAUCAGUCCUUUGAUGUGCUGGUUAUCCGAUAUGGAGUGCAGAAACGCGUCUACUGCAAGUCUGUUGUGGGCGUGAACAAAUUCCACUAUAAUAGAGUGGGGAAGAAAUCCGAGCUGACUCUGUUCUGGACACCAGAGGACCCGGAGAAAGCUCCAGUCGAGCAGGUCAUUUCAAUCUUCACGUUGGUGAAGGUGCAGCUCAAAGCUGACGUGGCACCCAUGAAAUACAGCGCCAUGCUCCAGAGGCCCGAGGAGAACGAGUCGGACUAUGAAUCUGCGGAAGAGCACACGGACGCUUGAAUGCAAAUUUUGAAUUGCACAUUUUCUUUUGUUGAUUGGUAUAAAUAGUAUUGUCUUAGAAGCAGUAUUGCUUUGGUAAGCAAGGGCAUCACUGACCAGGUCAGCCAGAUUUGAAUUGAAGUUCCCACUGCGUUUCAGAUUAACUGUAAUUCCCAUUCCAUUGUGGUUUUUGUGUCUUGAUUUGCUGUGGAAGGAACCUCCAGCUUUUCUUUGGUUUCCGUUUAAUUUCCACAUGACAUCGAAGGUCACAUGCAUAAAAGAAAAGUUGUCUUUCACUCUUCAGAAAUUAAUAGAAAUAUGCUUUGGUAAAUGGUUAACAAUUUGACUUUUAUAAUUUUUAGUAAGUGUUUUAAAACUUGUGAACUCUGACACUAUUUUAAUGUAAUUCAUUAGUGGGAUUUCAAAUUGAAUUGUGACACAGGUCUGACAGGAAAACAUGCAAGGUGGCAUUAGUUGGAUUUUGCUGUUGAUUUAUUGACUUUUUAUUAGUUUCAAGUUUCAAGUUUUUAUUGUCACAUAGAAUGGUAUUGAUGUGAUAACUUGUACAAGAAAGCUGAUUUUCUGUUUACCAUCAGUAUCUUUGUUUGCAAAGAGGAUAACACGCUACUGAAGUUUGCUCUGUUGGCUGUAAAACAACUUCUUGUGGCCAGAGGGAAGUUGCAUCAAUCGAACGUAAAAAAUAGUUUGCAGUGAAACCGUUUGACCCCCAUCAGAUUAACAGGAUGGGUAUCGAUUUACAAAAUAACAGCUACCGCAUGCCAUCCAGAAUUUUUACAUCGUCCUACAAUACGUAGGUUUUUUUUUUAAAGAGAUGUUUCACAUUCUUCUUUGUGAAUGAAGAGGCCGACGGUCUUCUUCAGGUUCUUAAUGUCAGUCAUGAAGAACAGCUCAUAGGACUUCAUUUGACUUUAAUUCUUAAACAUUGUGCUUGUCUAAACUAAGGCAAGUUAUUGUUUUUAAUAGAAAACAUAGAAAUGACUUUAAUUGCUGCUGAAAGUAGUUGGUGGCCUUGAGAUUGUUUGUGGGAUUUCUUCAUGCUCAGUCAGUUGGACUUGAUUUGUGCCGCAGAAAUUCUGUAUUGGACCUCAUUAAUAUCAACUGAAUUUCAGCCUUAAUUUAAUCAAGCAUUUAUUUUUGCAAAGCUGCACAUUUUUUAAAUGUUUGUGAGCCUCCCAUUUUGCUUUAACGAAGUCAAUGUGCCUCUUUAGUUCUCGGUGCCAUGUAGCGUCGUACAUCAGCGGCUCUGCAUUUUAUUUUUUUUGCAUUUCAAUUCUCUUUUCGUUAACUUAAAAGCUUGUCACAGUUUUUUUUAAAAUGCCAUUUAACAAAUGUUCUUAAGUUAUUUGUGUUCACAGGGACUGUUGGUUUGUGAACUGUAAAUGUAUUUUAAACAUUGUUCUGGAAGUUAAGUGUUUGUUCAGAACUGUCCUGUAGGAUGUGUUUCUGUGAUUUGGGUUGAAAAGAAAACUGCUUAAUUCUUCAGUUUAAAAACCUCCAGCCUGAACUUCAGUCAAAAGAGAAUUCAAGUACAAUUUCUGUCUUUUGAAAAGUGACAUGUAACUUUGAUUCUGUUCUGUAUCGAAAGUUAAUGUGUCUGCUUCACCACCAUACGGCGCAAUAGAUGGUUGUCCUUGUCACAAUGGAAAAUAAAUUCAUGUGAACUCUG